GCCAAGCCUCUCUGAGACAGAAGCACCAGUCAUUUCUCCAGACUGAGUUGGCUGGUGUGGGCGUUCAGCUGGUUCUCUCCACCAUCUCACGAAGGCUGUCCUGAUCAAAUUUCUCCAUGGCUUGUAUUGAAAAUGUCCUUGGAGGGCACACUCCUUCACCUACAGAGGUAGCUGUGGACAAAAACGGGAGCCAGGAUCAGCUCCACAACAUGACCCUGCAGUUUCCAAGUUGCAGGCCGAAGGAUGAUGCAGAGGCCUGGGGCCAACCUCGCAUCCCACUGAGACCUCCAUUCAGUGUGCGGACCCAUCUGAAAAUAGAGCAACUGGAGCACCCCUCUGAGAAAAUAGGAUCCUGCAUUCCUGUCCUUAGUUCAAGACCUCUCAGACAGCCCUAUGGGCCACCACCUGCUGUUGCGGAAGAGUCCCUAGCAACAGUAAAAGGGAAUGCCAGCUCCUGUGCCAUCAAAUAGAGACCACAUCUGAAGGCAAAAGAGGGAAGAGAAAAGAUUGGGGAAAAAGACAAAAGCCACUCAUUUAUAAUUUUACGUGUCAAAUCCCCUAUGAUUUCAUAUUUUGUUUAGCACUAAUGUGCCUUACAUACU